CACUGAAGAGCUGCAGAGGAUUUUCACUGAGGACACUGACUCUGAAACAGAAGUGUUUGAGGGCUUUCCUUCAAACGAGGUGCAUGUGAGCAAGAAAGAAGUUCUGAUGGUGGAAUCAGACUUGAGUGAUGGAGAACGCGAUAAUUUGUUGGGUAAUGAGAAAGAAGAAGAGGAGGAGAUGAAGAAGAAGGUUUCCCCCAGGAGAAGAAGCUUUGGCCUUCGUGUUGCUUUACAAUUUCCCACCAGGAAGUCAUCUGAGAAAAAAGUGCCUGAUCAGGCUUUGUCUGAUUUACCUCUAAAGGACAGUGAAUCCCUUGCACCUCUUUCAAAAGAAAUAAGCCUCAAGCACUCAGACAAAGUAGAAGGCUCUGCUUCAGAGUCUGAAGAAGACAUCAAAGAAACACAGGAGGAAAGUUCCAGUGCACUGCUUAAGAGAGCCAUAAAUAUUAAAGAAAAUAAAGCCAUGCUUGCCCAGCUGCUGGCAGAACUGAAUUCCAUACCGGACCUGUUCCCGGUGAAAACACCCUCCUCAACUCCUUCAAAACCGAAGAAAACCCCAAGGAGGACAUUCUCUGAAGGCCAGAUAACACGCCGGAUGAACCCAACCAGGACUGCUCGUCCACCAGAAAAAUUUGCCUUGGAAAAAUUUACUGUGUCAGCUGUCAAAUUUGCAGAACACAUCCGUAGCUACAGACAACAAAACCUCUUGAAGAGACUCAGUGUGGGGGAUUGUGGAGUACACAAAAGAAGGAGAUCAUCAAAGUACUCGACUCAUCGCCCGGUAGAAGACAUAACUGAGGAGGACUUGGACAACAUUGCAAUCACUGUUAGAGACAAAGUCUAUGACAAAGUUCUUGGUAGUACUUGCCACCAGUGUCGACAGAAGACGACCGAUACAAAGACAAUCUGUCGCAAACAGGGCUGUGGAGGAGUAAGGGGGCAGUUCUGUGGACCAUGUCUUCGAAAUCGGUAUGGUGAAGAUGUGAAGUCAGCUCUGCUUGAUCCAGCCUGGAUCUGUCCUCCUUGUCGCGGGGUGUGCAACUGCAGCUACUGCCGCCGGCGGGACGGGCGCUGUGCCACCGGCAUGCUCAUCCACCUGGCCAAGUUCUACGGCUACAACAAUGUCAAGGAGUACCUGGAAAGUUUACAAAAGCAACUGGCGGAUGACAAUUGAGAGCACCGAAUUCCAGCUGUGCCUGAAACUGGUUCAUAUGUUAACAGUUUGACUUCAGAAGUUUAUUACUAUGUUUUACAUAAAAUAGAAUUGUAGUGUAUAACAUAUUCAUUUCUAUUGGGAACUUUUUAAUUGAUAUGGUCUUAUGUUGCUGUCGAGGUGGGAAUAAUGAAGACUCCAAGUCAGAAGGCAAGAAUAGAACUGAACUUUACUAACAAGUAGUGUUCCUGUUUUAUACCCAGGAUCGCUAAAGUGAAAGAGGAUUGGUCUUCAAGUGAAAACCUUUCACACCAUUGGUACACUUGGAUUUAGGUCAGUGUAGCAGAACAUAUCUAUAAACAAUAUGAAAAGAGAGAGAGAUAAUAAUUGUUUACAUUCCUUUCGGACUCUUUCCCAGUCUCAGCCUGGCAGAAUCUCCUUUUCUCUGACUGAACUGAGAACAUCCAUAGUCUUAUGCAAAAGAUCACUCAGGAAAAUGUUUUGGUAGAGAAAUCUACAUGCACAGACCUAUAUAAACUUGAGUAGUUAGUUUUUAAUAGAGCUACACAACCACAUGAUGGAGAGCUUGGUCAAAAUGAGAAAUACUUUUAUUUAUAUAAUUAUGCAAGUUUGCAGAAAGAGUGUUUAACAACUACCUUCAAAGCAUCCCAUCUUCAAGGAAACAAAACACCAUUGUCUACCAGCUUGACCAUAAAGAUCCAUUUUUCCAGCUCUGCUUUCUGAACCUGUUUCACCACCUGUAGCUUAUAGAACUUGUUCUUGCAAAGAACAUUCAUCUGAAUGCCAUUAUAUUCUAGCCAAAGGUGAUGCAAUUGACCAGUGGGAGGAUAGUUUUUGAAAAUUUUGUUCCAAAGUGCAAUUAUUCACCAAGACAUGAAAGUAGAAGAGUGUUUAAAAAGAAUUUAAAAAUAACCCAGUAAAAAAAAAUCCAACAAAACUUCUCACCAGCAGUUUUUGUGUAGUGCACCUGCUGCCUAAAGCAUCUACCCAGAUGUUAUAACUGGUCUAUAGUUCAGGAUUAAAUUUUUUUACUUGCAGUUCAUACUUAGAUAGUUUUUCAUUUGUACAAUCAAGCUUUCAAACUACUUCGUUUAAAUGAAAGAUAUUUGUAUUGCAUGUUAAAGUUUGUUAAAAUCCUGUAAUAUACACAUUUCAUUUUAUGUAGAGAGAAUAAAGACUGAUCUAAAGAAGAAUAUUUUGUGAUUCGAACUACACAC